AUUCCAGCCAAUAGGACGGGAGGAAGUCCCGACCACGUAAUUGAGUUCGGCGUUCGAGUUCACGCGGGCUGGAUUAAAAAAAAUUGUGUACAGCGAUUAGGAAAGAUGGCGAAAGCGAUAUAUUUGGAGCAUUAUCUUGACAGUAUUGAAAGCCUGCCGUGUGAACUGCAGAGAAGCUUCACCCUUAUGCGUGAGCUGGACACCAGGACUGAAGAGAAAAAGGGGGAGAUCGACAAGUUGGCGGCAGAGUACAUUGCGAAUGUGAAGACGCUGGCCUCCGAGCAGAGGGUGGAGCACCUACAGAAGAUCGAGAGCGCCUACGGCAAGUGCAGGGAGUACAGCGACGACAAGGUGCAGCUGGCCAUGCAGACGUAUGAGAUGGUGGACAAGCACAUCCGCAGGCUGGACGCUGACCUCGCCCGCUUCGAGAACGAGCUGAAGGAGAAGCUGGACAUGAGCGGUUACGAGAGUCCAGAUGGGAAGGAUUUAAAAAAAACCAAGAACCCAAAAGAAAAGCGGAGUUCGAGAACGAGAGCAAAGAAGGGGUCAGACGAAGAUUCGCCGAGGAAGAAGAAAAUGAAGAACGGUCCUGACUUCAGUAACUCCCUGCUGGCCGUGCACCCAUCCGACGUUCUGGACAUGCCUGUGGACCCCAACGAGCCGACGUACUGCCUGUGUCACCAGGUGUCGUACGGCGAGAUGAUCGGCUGCGACAAUCCUGACUGUCCUAUUGAGUGGUUUCACUUUGCUUGCGUGGACCUCACAACAAAGCCCAAAGGGAAAUGGUAUUGUCCACGCUGCACCCAAGACCGGAAGAAGAAAUAAGUUUGCACUGUCGUGUGGUUUUAAGUAUUGCAUAUAUAAAAUGCUUCUUUGUUUAUGCAGUACAGAUACAUAUAUAUGUUUUGUCAGUAUGGGCUAUAAUUUCACAAUCAGUCAAUAGAUUUCCUGUAUUGGAGGAAUGAAUAUUAUUUGGCAAGCAGUCGUCGUAUUAGCUGAGCUCAAAACAAAGUACUGGUGUACUCGUAGUGGCCGUGAAGCAGUUCUCAAUGUGGGUAUAUAGAAGAGAAAUCUUUCAGCUGAAUGACCUACCUCACUGGAUGAAAUGCUUUUGGUUCUAAACUAAAAAAGGUGGGUGGGGGGGGGAGUCGCGGGCCGGUCCUGUGAUGAUCAAGAGCCCUGACCCGGUCAGUGCUGUAGGAGGUGCACGCUGACCUUGCCAAGUGAGUAAGAGGAUAGUAACGUGAGCUUAUUAAUCAGCAAUAUGAACAUGUGAUUUGUGGGUGUAACUGAAUUGAGGCCAAAGUUCUGCUGAACACUGAAGACGGGUUAAAAAUGCAGGUACUAGAGCGUGUGAGGUGGACAGUGAAGAGCAGGCAUGUGGAUCGGUGCCUUCUUGGUUCUGCUUGUUCCAUUGCUUAUAUUUACUAAUGCAGUUUGUUUACGCUCAUUCACUGCUGGAGUCAGCUUCAGGUGUGAGGUCCAAAGUUUGUUUCCUGGACUGUGAAUGUUCUUGCAGUAAAGGGAUCUUUCUUGGGUUACCUAUAUCUGCUGUUGGUAACAGCUGUUAAGCAGCUUGUGUGGGUUGUGCAAGAGGAAGUCCUGCGUGCAGGUUUUACUGCAGGUGUGCUGUGCACUCUUCGAUUGGCGUCUGGACACUUGGUUGAUCCGAAGCUCCCUUAGAAACUUGCCCAUAAUUGUCAAAAUGGUUCCACAACAUUUAUGGCUUUUGAUUCUUUAAUGAAAAAUUAAUUGCACAGUAUGAAAAAUAUAUAUACCUGUGUAGAUUCUUCUACAAUUUUUGACACCAAAAUACAUGGACUUCAUUUUUGUGGGAGGAACCUAAUGGGAAAAAAAAAAACAAUUCCGUAUAGUUUGCUGUGUAUUUUAAACCCCUGAUUAACAAGUUGACUGUAUUAUAACUAGCUCUGUCAUAUGGCUGUGUUGUUUGGCCUGGUCCACUGGCAGACUCUCUGUUGACAAAGCUGAAAGGUAUUUGCUAGCUUAUAAGCAGAGAUUUUUAAUUUUUGAAUUAUUGCAAUAAGAUGUGGCUUAUACCUUGCAUGCAAAAGUAAAGGUAAUUUCUUUUAGGAUUAGAAGCUUUAAAAAGUUGAAUGUCAUAAAUCCAUCUAUUUUCUAGCCACUAAUUUUGUUCAGGGUCUUGGGAUGUCAUAAAUAUUGUGGUAGUUCUAUAUAUUCUGGUUUAUUGUAAUAUACACACUUUCAUCAGUGCCACUAAAUCCUUUUGUCAGCUGGAGCAGAAAAGCACUAUGAAUAUGUAUUGGAGAACAACUUCAUGCUUCAGGCUUGCUGCUUUUUCUCAAAUGCUUUUCCAAAGAGAAUGCAUUAUUUUCUUUUGUAAAGAAACAAAGCAUUGGAUAACUGAUGUAUAUAGACUUUGUUGUAUAUCUGUAUUUUUGGCCAUGCUAUAUUCUUAUAAAUAAAGGAUAUCUUGGAAAA